AAAGACCCCUGUCAGGUGAGCUGGGGGCCCCAGGGGUGUGAGCCUGCCUGUUCUGUAAACUGUUUCGGGACGUAGCCGCGGUAAAACAACUAGCUAACCCAUCGCUUGCAGGCUUACGCAUUUCGUAUUCGGACGACAGGUUCAGUGCACACGAUUUCCCGUUUUGCAAGAAUCCAAGGCCCAGGGCGGCCCAGUAAUUAACUGGGACUUAGACUGGGACCUGCUCUACUACUUAAUGGUUUUUGUGAGUUUAGGCAACUCAUGACUCCUUGGUCUUCCCCAUAUCUGUAAAAAUGAGGUAGUGGGGGAUGGGGGAAAUAGGGUGACAACACAGUCCCUUGGGGUCCGAGGAGGGUUGGCCCCAGGACCCUGAGCCCCUGAAUGCAUGGACCCUUAAUGCGAAAGGUGUAGUGUAUGCAUAUAGCCUUGCUGUUUAUUUUAAAUCAUCUCCAGGUGAUUUCAAUUCCUGGUAUGACAUAAAUGCUCUGUAAAUGAGUCGCAGAUUGCAUUGUUUUCCCUGUUUAAUACAGUUGGUGAGUUGAGUCCACCCAGGCCUGCUGUAUUUACUUCCUUCAGGUUGUUGCAUUGAUUAAAGAUAUACAUGGAAAGCGCUCAGGAUUCUUGGUACCAGACCCACUUGGUCAGCACUCCACGCCUCUGCCACAGGAAAACUAAGAAGGAAGGAAUGGCCGUGAACCUGCUGCCCGCUCAGGGGUCUGUGGCCUUCGGGGACGUGGCCGUGUUCUUCAGCCAGGAUGAGUGGUUGCACCUGGACUCUGCCCAGCGACGUUUGUACCGGGAGGUGAUGCUGGAGAACUACAGCAACCUGCUGUCCGUUGGGAUUCUGUUUUCAACGCCAAAGGUCAUCUACCACUUGCAACGAGGAGAAGAUCCAAGUGUGGAGGAAAAGGAGGUCCCUCCAGACGCCUGUCUGGAUUUCAAGACUUGUCCUAAAACAGAAGCAUUGCAUCCCAAAAAGAGUACUUUUGUAAAAGAACCCUCUCAGGGAGUGUUAAAGAAAAAGCCCAUUGAUUAUGACCACUGGGAUGCCAACUUUGGAGAAGCUGUUAAAAUUGAGAGUGAGAGAGAACAGGGGCAACAGAAGAAGUCACUGGGACAAAUGGAGGCCUCACCAGAGAAAAGCCCUCAAGGGGAUGAAGGUCAUGCAAGUCUUUCAUUGGGGGAAGACUUACUUGUCAACACAGUUCUGGAUUCACAACAGCAUCCUGCUACAGAAAGGGCACCGCAAAUGCAUUUCACCUUAGGGAAAGAUUUUAAACAGAAUGUCGAUCUCAUGAGAUGCUUCCCGGUUUACCCAGGAUCAAAACCUUAUAUGUGUAAUGAGUGUGGAAAGAGUUUCACCCAGAAUCUUCAUCUGAUUGAGCACCAGCGCAUCCAUACCGGUGAGAAGCCCUACAAGUGCACUGAGUGUGAGAAAGCUUUCAGCCACAGGUCCUCCCUGCUUGCCCAUCAGAGGGUUCAUACUGGGGAGAAGCCCUAUAAGUGCGGCGAGUGCCAAAAAGCCUUUGGUAGCAGCUCAACCCUUAUCAAACACCUGAGAGUACACACUGGGGAGAAACCCUAUCGGUGUAGAGAGUGUGGCAAAGCCUUCAGCCAGUGUUCAACCCUCACUGUGCACCAGAGAAUCCAUACCGGAGAGAAACUCUAUAAAUGUGGUGAGUGUGAGAAGGCCUUCAAUUGUAGAGCAAAACUACAUCGACACCAGAGAAUCCAUACAGGUGAGAAACCCUACAAGUGCAGUGAGUGUGGGAAAGGUUACAGUCAGUUUACUUCCCUAGCCGAGCAUCAGAGACUGCAUAGCGGGGAGCAGCUGUGUAAAUGCUUGGAAUGUGGGAGAACCUUCACACGGAUCUCAACCCUCAUCGAACAUCAGCGGAUCCAUACCGGACAGAAACCCUACCAGUGUAAUGAAUGUGGAAAAGCCUUCAACCAGUACUCCUCCUUUAAUGAACACCGGAAAAUUCAUACUGGGGAAAAACUUUAUACGUGUCAAGAAUGUGGGAAAGCCUUUGGCUGCAAAUCCAACCUUUAUAGGCACCAGAGAAUCCACACUGGGGAGAAGCCCUAUCAGUGCAAUCAAUGUGGGAAGGCCUUCAGCCAGUAUUCUUUCCUUACUGAACAUGAGAGAAUCCACACUGGAGAGAAGCUCUACAAGUGUAUGGAGUGUGGGAAGGCCUACAGUUACAGGUCGAACCUUUGCAGACACAAGAAAGUGCACACUAAGGAGAAGCUCUAUAAGUGGAAGGAGUACGGGGAGCCCUUCCUCUACGCUAGCUCCUCCCUUACUCAGAGAUUUCUCAAAGAAGAAAGUUCCUCAGAGGCCUAGCUCAUCUCUGAGCCUUGGAGAUUUCCUCACCGGAGGAUGGCUAGGAGAAUCCUGAGCAGGGCGCAUAGCCUUAGUAGGUCAAGUCCUUUGUAUUUGUCCUGCAGGAAAUAUCCCAGUUCCCACUAUGUAAUGGUAAAAUUGAUCAAUGAAAACGAA